UCCCAGCAAGUACAGACGAGCUGCUUCUCCAUCCCUCUUUCUCACCGACACUCCACCCUCUGUCUCCCCUCUGCGCCAUUCCUCUUCUGCACCAAUACUCCAUCCCUUCUCUGCCCUGCGUCUUCCAUCUUCCUCAUCGACACUUCAUCCCCUCUGUCCUUUCCUUCUCCCAUCUUGUAUAAAUUCACCGAGGAGCAGCUGCAGCAGGGGCAGGAACACGGAGCUCAUCCUUCGGCUGAGUUCACUGCAAAGAUAACCAGAGGCGUCUUGCACCUCCGAGGAGUGUGUGGCAACAGCAACAGACAUGGCGUUGCCGACCUCUACAAGCCUCCAGACCAGGUCGUGGUAUGCAGAUCUCUUCACGGAUGACAGGGUAAAGUCCCUAUCACAACAAAUCUCGGCGCUUCGGGACGCGGUGUGGGAGUUGGAGCUCAAAAAGACCCAACUCCUCCGUGAGAAGGGUAAACUAGAGAAGCAAUUGGAGGAGACCAAGGCGGCGGCUAAGGAGUUCGCAACCGACAAGGAGGAGGUGGAGAGGAGCUUGAAAGGUGAAAUUGAUAAGCUUCGGCUAGAGGUUUUGGUUGUAGAGGAAAAACAUAGCAAGUCUGAAGAAGCGGUUGAGAAGCUCAAGUUGGAAUUAGCGGCAUUGGCGGAGGUAAAAGAGGCAGCUGCGAAGGCAUUUGAUGCUGAGAAGGCAAAAAUGGUGAAGGAAUCCGAGGAUCUUAAGAGGAGGAUAGGGGAAAUCCAGGCAAGCAAGGAUUUGGUGGAUGGUGAAAAUGACAAGCUUAAGUCAGAGCUUCUGACUGCAGAGCAAAAAUAUAGCUUGUCUGAAGCAGAGGUUGAGAGGCUCAAGAUGGAAUUGGAUACAUUGGCGGCAGCGAAGGAGGCAGCCGCCAACGCAUUUGAUGCUGAGAAGGCUGACAUCAUGAAGGAAUUGGAGGACCUCAAAACAAAGGUGGAAGCAAUCCAGGCCAGCAAGGAUUUGAUGACGGCUGAAAAUGAUAAGCAUAAGUUGGAGAUUCUGACCGCAAAGGAGAAACUUAACAUCUAUGAAGCAGAGGUUCAAAGGCUCAAGAAGGAACUAAGUGAGCUAGCAGAGGCGAAGGAGGCGGUUGUCAAGGCAUUUGAUGCUGAGAAGGUAGAAAUCAUGAAGGAAUCAGAGGACCUCAAAAAACAGGUCGAGGAAAUCCAGGCCAGUAAGGAUUUGGUAAUGGAUGAAAAUGAUAGGCUUCGGUUGGAAGUUCUGACCAUAGAGCAAAAAUAUAGCAUGUUCAAAGCAGAGGUUGAGAGGCUCAAGAUGGAACUAAAUACCCUAGAAGAGGCAGAGAAGGUAGCUGCGAAGGCAUUUGAUGCUGAGAAAGCAGAAAUCAUGAAGGAAACAGAGGAGCUCAAGAGGAAGGUGGAGCAAAUCAAGGCCAGCAAGGAUUUGGCCAUAGAUGAAAAUGAUAAGCUUCGGUCGGAGGUUCAAACAGCAGUGCAGAAAUAUAGCAUGUCUGAAGCAGAGGUUGAAAGCCUCAAGACUGAAUUGGAUUCACUAGUAGGGGAGAAGGAGGCAGCUGCUGAGGCAUUUGAUAUUGAGAAGGCAGAAAUCAAGAAAGAAUUGGAGGACCUCAAGAUAAAGGUGGAGGAAAUCCAGGCCAACAAGGAUUUGGUGAUGAGUGAAAAUGCUAAGCUUCGGUCAGAGGUUCUGACCGCACAAGAGAAGCAUAGCGUGUUUGAAGCAGAAAUUGAGAGCCUCAAGAUGGAACUAAGUGCAUUAGUGGAGGCGAAGGAGGCAGCUGCCAAGGCAUUUGACAAUGAGAAGGCAAAAAUCAUAAAGGAAUCAGAAGACCUUAUGAGAAAGGUGGUGGAAAGCCAGGCCAUCAAGGAAGCAGCUGAGGAAGCAAAGCGCGACAAGGAUGCUCAGGUUGAUAAACUGAGGGCUGAGUUGGAGGGGCUUCAUGUUUCUAUGUCGCAACUGCAAGCAUCCUAUAACGAUCUUGAUACCAAAAGUUCACAUUUGAAUGAGGAGAAGAAUUCGGUCCAGAAAGCACUGGAUGCUGAAAAGGCUGAAACAGCCGUCAUGAAGUCGAAAAUUGAGGCACUUGAGAAUUACAAUACUGAAAAGGACGGUGAGAUUGGCAAACUGAAAGCCGCAUUGGAAGAAAAGAUGGGGAAGAUCGAUAUCCUCAGCAAGGACAUUGAACUGCUACAUGUCACAGCGGCUGAGGAGAAAAGGAAGAAAAAGUGUGGCAUUCCGGCUAAUUUGUCAGCAAAGACAUGCUUAUCAUCAUGUAUCCCGAAAUAAUCAGAUUGCCAACAUGUUGUAUUACCACAUAAUGGUGAUUGGUUGGUACUAUGUAAUGAAAUAAAACUUUCGCUUCCAUCAUGUAUUGAGUUUUCGUUCUAUUGA